AUAAAAAUAAAGCACGAAUGGACGGCAUCAUAGAUCAGGUGGAAUGUCACAUCUGCAGCACAAACUUAACCUACCUAAACUCUCAGCGAAGACAGCAGCAUGUGAAUCAGUGCAUUGAUAAGGAAGAUGCAACUAGGCAAGAAGAGACAGAGCACCAGCGACAGAUAGAGGUUGCCAGGACAUCUGUACUCAAUUGUCCUAUGUGUGGAAAGAAGUUCAAAGUUCAGUCA